AGUCAAACUUUCUACCUUCUACGUUAAAUGUUAAAUGUAUAUAUUAUACAAUGCAUUACAAUGUUAUUGUGUUUGCGCUUUUAAAACAAGUAUACUGGGCCGGACAUGCCUAAGAAAAAAGCGAAAGUCGAGUCACCGAUAGUCUAUGCCUUGUGUAGCGGCCGGCGAUCGGUGAAAGAAGAAAUGGAACGCCAUUUUGAUUCCGCUGUCAGUUGGAUUGCAACUUUUGGCGGGAAAUGACGACUGCGUACGUUUUUUAAUUAAAAAAAUAUAUGCGUGCGUGAAUAACUGAAGUGAAUUCGUAAAAUAAAAUAACGAAAUGGAUUUAAGAGAGAUUAUCAAGUGGUUUAUCCCGUGUUUUCACAUUUUGCUAAAAUUGGACGCCAGAAUGACUCUAAUUUGGUUAUUAUUGUUUUGUAAUCUAUGUCCGGGUAUAAGUGCUAGUGAAUUAGAUGAAAGUAGUGAUUUAAAUAAUGCCAAAAAUUUAGUUAGUUACGAAAAUAAUUUUAAGUUCAACCAAAGUGAAGUUUAUGGGAAUAAAUUGUUGGUUUCUGAGGAAUUGAGUAAUGAAGAUACUUCAGUUGGUCGAACCUUCGGUCGUCCAAUGAAGAAGAUGAUGCAAGCUAUGAUCCCGCUUGCGAUGGCUAUCGGCUCCGCUGGCACUUGGGCGGUGGUCGCAGCCCUAAUAGGAGCCAAGACUUUGGUGGUCACGCUCUUUAUACUGAAGUUACUACUUAUGGCGGGAGCUGCUAAGGUAAAUACAACCUUAUACUAUAGAGCUGCUAAGGCAGUGGAGCUAGUAGACGCCGGAUUUAAGAACAGACAGACAUACAAUUACAACAAUGGUCCCCAGGCACCGUACGACCCGUACCAGAGACCCAUGGUACCCAAACCAGUGGUACCAACAUUGUUCGGCGGCCUCCUUGGUGCCAAGUUGCACCAUCAGCCUGCCCCGCACUACGCUCCCCCGCCAAGUAAGGAGAUCCAUCUACAUAUACACAAUGGGCAACAUGGCCAUCAUGAGCAUGAGGAAGAGGUCAUACCUAAUAUAUCUUCGUGGUCCCGCGAUGGUCCCGUCAGUUCACCCGCCAGCAUUUCAUCAAAGGUGUCAGCGGAGGCUUACAACCCUUACCUAUAUCUAGCGGGUCCUCAGACUAUAAGGACACCGUACGGGAACUAUGUCAAAGUUGAUUGAGAGUUUACCUUUAGCUGAGCGCGAAAAUCGAAAUAUGUCUCUUUAUCACUCUAUAUAUAAAAGAUAGAGAGUCCAAUAGUCGAACGAAUUAAGUGGUUUCUGGCAAGCCCUCACUGCCCUCAGACUAAAAUGACCCCGUACGGGAACUUUUUCAAUGUGGACUGAGCUUGCCUUUACCUGAGGCCCUAGCGUGAAAAUUAAAAUAAAUGUCUCUUUAUCGCUCUGUAUAUAAAAGAUAGAGAGUCAAAUAGUCGAACGAAUUAAGUGGUUUCUGGCAAGCCCUCACUGCCCUCAGACUAAAAUGACCCCGUACGGGAACUAUUUCAAUGUGGACACAGCUUGCCUUUACCUGAGGCGCUAGCGUGAAAAUUAAAAUAAAUGUUUCUUUAUCGCUCUGUAUAUAAAAGAUAGAGAGUCAAAUAGUCGAACGAAUUAAGUGGUUUCUGGCAAGCCCUCACUGCCCUCAGACUAAAAUGACCCCGUACGGGAACUUUUUCAAUGUGGACUGAGCUUGCCUUUACCUGAGGGCCUAGCGCAAAAAAUUGAAAUAAAUGUCUUUAUCGCUCUAUAUUUGAAAGAGAGAGUCAAAUAGUCGAACUUAAGUUGUUUGCGGCAAGCCCUUAGACUAUAAGGAUUCCGUACGGAAACUAUAGAGUCUGUGCGGAAAGAGAAGAGUCGUGAAAUAUAUGGGAUCCAACACAUUAUACGACUCUCAUCUUUCCGCACAGACUCUAUCAAAGUAGACUGAAAUUUCAUAUUUUGGGUUUUUCUUGGAAAUCCACGAACUUCGAAAUUCGAUUUUUUGUUAUC